AUGGAUAAUUGGAGGAAGUGGAAGAAGCCGCUAAAACUGCAUGAGAUUAUAGAAGAGAUUCAAAAUUUGAGUGAUGAUACAGAAAUACCUGACGGAAUUGCUGUUUUUCCGCCAGAUGGAUGGAACACCGAUGAGGAUUCUGGCGACGAAAAUACCGUUAUCUUAGAUAACCUUCCUGGGAGCCAGCUAAUGGCUGAUGCUGAAGUAAUUUUUGAUCGUCAGUCCCCUGAUGGCGGGGAAUGUGAAGGUGAUAAAAACAGAGAUGAUAUUCCAUCAACAUCUGUAAAACGUUUAAAAAUGGCUGAAGAUGCUGACUCUCUUUGCAAUCCUACAGGGGUGUUUGAGGAUAAUCACUAUGACUCCGAGGAUGAACUUCCCUUGGCAACAUAUUUACCUGCCAAUCAGCAACAUGCAUUGCCAAACAAGAUGAGGAAAAAACCUUUAUAUACUUGGAAAAAAGAAGAUAUAAAACCUGACUUUUCAGACUGGAAAGAAUAUUAUGGCCCGAAAAACUCUCUGUCGCCACUAGAAAUAUUUUCUUUGUUUAUUGACGAUGAAGUUGUUAAUUUGAUAACCGAUUAUUCAAAUUUAUAUGCAUCACAGCAUAAUCACGCAGGAGAUAUAUCUGCAAAUGAGGUCAGGACUUUUAUAGGAGUGUUGCUUCUAAGUGGUUACAAUCAAUUCCCUAGAAGGGCUAUGUACUGGGAGAAUAGCGACGAUGCUGGAAAUAAAUUGGUGUAUUCUGCUAUAUCAAGAGAUAGGUUUACCUAUAUUAUGCAAAAUAUCCAUACAAAUGAUAACACCUCCUUGGAUCAAAAUGAUAAAUUUUCAAAGAUGCGACCAUUAUUUGAUUUAAUCAAUAAAAAAUUUCAGCUGUUUGCACCAUUUGAAGAGUGUCAUAGUGUAGACGAGUCUAUGGUUCCUUACUAUGGAGGUCAUGGCUCCAAACAAUUUAUCCGGGGCAAACCCAUCCGUUGGGGCUAUAAACUAUGGCAAGGAACCACAAGGCAGGGUUACAUCGAAUGGUUUGAACCUUAUCAAGGUUCCAAAACACCACUACCUGAGAAAUACCGACCGUUGGGUCUAGGAGCAAGCGUUGUUUUACAGUUCGCUGAUGUUCUGCAAUCGAAUGAUAUUCAGCCCAACGCACCUUUUCACGUAUUUUGUGAUAAUUUUUUUACCUCCUUGCCACUCCUAAGUGAACUAACAGCAAGAGGGUUGAAGUGCACGGGCACCCUUAGGGAAAAUAGAAUUUCCAGUUGUCCACUUAGAAAUUCCAAGCUGAUAAAAAAGGAAAUCCGUGGUACAUUUGAAUAUUCUUUGGAGAAAAGCACAAAUGUCAUAGUUUGUAAAUGGAAUGACAACAAUGUUGUUACCAUAGCGUCAAAUGUCACAUCGCCCCUUCCUACGCAGCCAGUAAAAAGAUUUUGCCAAAGUAAGAAGAAAAAUGUCAACAUUGACCAACCUCAUAUGAUCAAAAAAUAUAACGAGAGUAUGGGAGGCGUCGACAGAGCUGAUCAAAAUAUCAGCUUAUACCGGAUCGCCAUUAGAGGAAAAAAGUGGUACUUUUGUUUAUUGGCUCAUUGCCUAGAUAUGGCAGAACAAAACGCUUGGCAGCUUCAUAAACGCAACGGCGGGAAUAUGGAUCAUUUGACUUUUCGAAGAUGUAUUGCUGCUGCAUUGCUGGAAACUUUUAAGAAAACAACAAAACGUGGCCCAUCGAAGAAAAGUAAGAACAAUCAUCUAGAAUCAAGAUACGACAGGCUUGACCAUCUGGUCAUUUAUCAAGAGAAGCAGACCAGGUGUGCCGUGUGUCACAAACAGGCAGCAUUCCGUUGUGAAAAGUGCGAUGUGGCACUUCAUCCAAAAAUUUGUUUCCUAAGUUAUCACACUAAAGAAUAA